AUGGCACGCGCGCAGGCCGCCCUCCUCGCCGCGCUCUCGAUGGGGGCGUGCGCCACGCGCGUGCGUCUGCGCGGCCCGGCGGACGCCGUGGACCUCAAGGCGCUGAAGAGCCAGGUGCUCGGCUCGCGCGUCUUCGAGGACAAGGUGGCCCAGCUCUGCAAAGGCGCCGCGGAGGGCUGCGCGGAGAGGGCCUCGGACCAGCUCUUCUGCCAGCUGCUGAAGCGCUCCGGUUCUGCCGCUGCCGACGAGCAGUGCACCGGCGCCGCGGCGAUCGCAGGACCGCGGACGCCGCCCCCGCCACCUCGCUGCUCUCCACCGUGCCAGCGCCGGUGA